UGUUAAAUUAUUUUCCAACAACUAUUCUCAAACAGCAAAUCGCAACCCAAUUCUGAAAAUCUCCAUCGCCGCUGCCGGAGAAAAACCCUAAUUUUCAUCUGGUAAUCCUCAAAAACAAUGGUCCGCACCUAAAAUUUUCCAAGUUCAUACUCGUCAUCACAUACCCUUUUGAACGAGAGCUUACAUGUGAGUUCUUCUUCUACAUAACUUGAGCUACAUUUCUUGAAGAAUCGACGUAAAGCUCGUAUCUCGCGCUGAUUUCAAUCUCCGGGCCUCUGUUCAUGGCGGGGUUUUCGUAUUUGAAAAGGGCUCUUAGUUCCUCUACCUACUGGAGAAAAGCCGGAAAUUUCGUUGACGAUUUGGGUAUUGCGUUUCGGUUUUCGGAUUUAUUGUCAGCAAGAGCCUUUUCAUCCACCGGAGAUGUGGAAACUCGUAAUGGGCAAAGACAGGAUCGAUUGAAACACGAUCCAGUGAAAGGGUUGCUACAGAAUUAUGGAUUCACUUUUGAACAAGCAGGUAAAGUUUCAAAGUCUUUUCCAGGUUCAAUCAGUGUCGAGACACUUUCCCCAAAGCUUCGAUUUUUGCGGUCUGUCAUCGGCUCGGAGAAUGACGUCAUUAGAUAUGUGACUGCAAAUCCCAGAGUUCUUGCUUCCAGUUUGAAGAACCAACUGGAGCCAAACUACAAGUUCAUCAAAUCAAUUCUUGGGGAGGAUGAUUCAGUUGCUAAAUGCAUUAGAAAUUCGUCGCGUCUCUUAACCUUGGAGCUUGAGGGCAAUCUGGCUGCUAAAGUUUCUUUCCUCAGAGGAUAUGGAUUCCCCAGUGUUUUCAUUGCCAAACUGAUACAGCAUUCUCCAGGCACACUUGGAUUGUCCUUUUCAAAACUCGAGGAAACGUUAAAGAAAGCGGAGAAUUUCGGUUUCGUACCGUCCAACCCCAUGACCGUCUCUGCUAUCAAGGCGAUUGGCCAGAUAAAUGAAUCAAAUUGGGAGCAUAAACUGGAGGUUUAUAGAAAAUGGGGUUGGUCGGAUGGUGAAUUUGUCUCUGCUUUCAAGAAGUGGCCUACCAUUAUGUGUUUAUCAGAGGAGAAGAUAAACAAGGGGAUGGAUGUGUUUUUGAACAGACUUGGAAUGAGCUCUUCGGAUAUUGCCAAAAUUCCAAACAUCAUAUCCUAUAGGGUGGAGGAUAGGAUCAUCCCUAGAUGUUCGGUUGUUGCUCUUUUGCACUCGAAAGGCGUUCUUGGUGACAGGCCGCUUACCGUCUCUACUUACGCGGGGGCACUUAAAGGGAAAGACGAAGCUUUCGUGAAAAGAAUUGUAGGGCCUUACCCCGGAGGGAGCCCUUCCAAAAAUUCUCGAAGGCCAGGGACGAGCCCAGGCCUAGGAGGGGGUUUGGAAAUAGUUUUCAACCAGCAAUAGACGCGCCUCGGUUUUUACCUCAUUAGCUGCGUCAUUGCCCCAAGCGCAAAGAUGGUUAACGCAGGGCGUAGCCGAGCGCCUUUUAUCUACUACCUCAUGUGCAUCCCUUGAUUCCGAUUUCCGAUGUGGGAUACUUACCCAUGUAAAUGAUUACCAAAUUGGGUGUUUUUUUGUAAAUCAUUCAAUUCCAAUAUGAGAUCUUUGCA